AUGUUUCUUUUCUUUUUCAAGUUGAGAAACAAGAACAAACUUACCCUGAGAUUGAAAUUUAUGCAAAUCCAACACAAACUAUUCUUAAUUGUGUGUUAUGAAAAGUGUUUUUGCAAGAGCUCUGAUAGAGGUUUUUUUCAUGUACCCGAACUAGAAAUGUGGUUUGGGAACGAGAAUAUGAUUGCUGACGAAUUCAUAAGACAUAAAGCUUCUAAGCGCUGA